CCUUCGGUGUUCUUUUUCUUUCUUUCGAUGUUUCGAAAUUUUAAGUUGCAAUAAUAUUUUUGCUAAUCCUGUUCUUAGAUAUUACAAUCACUAUAUCCUGUGGUAUUGGUGCUACAUUAUGGAAGUUUAAUUGAUUGAAUGUUAAAGGAUGAAGGUAAAGCUUCUAGAAGAGAAUAUAACAUGUGGUUGGCAUUCAAUAAUUUUUUAAAUAAAAUAAAAUAAAAUUAUAGGCUAAAAAUGAAACAAUUUUAAUGAUAUUGUGAUAGAAAAAAAAUAAAACAAGGAUAAUUGUAAGGUUAAUAUAAUUAAACAGAGUUUUAAUUUAGUAUCAUUUUAUUAUUACAUAAACCUUUUACAGACCCCAUUAAACAAAAAACGAGACUUAUAUUGUUUAGUGCAUUUUACAUUAAUGUUGUCCUAAUAAUUAAGACUGGACCUAAAGCAAGCCCGCUUUCAACAGUGUAAUUGGGCCGAUUAGACAGCCCGUUAUCAUUAACCUUGUGCACUUCCGCAAAAGCCUUUUUCUCUUGCUAACAAUAAUUUACCUGAACUAACCAAGAAUCUAUCGUUAAGAUUUUCUCUCUCUUGGAAGCUUUCAUUUGAAGGCCUCUUUAAUUUAUCAUUGUUUACUUUAUAGUAAUUUCCAAAUAAUUCGUUACAUUUCGUUUUCCGUUACUGCCAUGCCGUUGGCUUUCCAGAAGAAGAAAGUUCGAUUUCUAACCAUAGUGACUGCCAUCGUUGCUUUUAGCGUCACAGCUAAACAAUGCAGACAACUUGUUGGUGAGAAUGCAUCAUCCCAUAGUGGGAAGUUUACGAUCUUAAAUUGCUUUGACAUGACUUCUGGAACGUUAGCAUGUACAGUGAAGGAAGGUGCAAAGCUCUACUUUUACAAUAUCAGAGCUGCUCGUGUUGAAAAAGCAAAGCAAGGUGCAAUUCAAUCUGCACUUGUUGAUGUUGUGAAGAAGGGAUUGUCACAAAGUGCUUCUGUGAAAUAUGCCAAGAAAGAAGGUGAAAAGGCAGCAAAAUUGGCUUCUCGUAACGCCAAACACAGAUUGGGUCCUAUGAUCUCUUCAGGAUGGGAUUUUUUUGAAUCUGUGUACUAUGGUGGUACUUUCAUGGAGGGUUUCUUUAGGGGAAGUGGCACUUUGUUUGGAACUUAUGCUGGAGGCUUCCUUGGGGAGCAAAAGCUUGGGAGACUUGGUUACCUUGUCGGAAGUCACACCGGUAGUUGGUUUGGAGGUAAAGUAGGGCUAAUGCUAUACGAUGUCGUUAAUGGACUUCAUUUCUUGUUGCAUUCUCUUCGACUCUAGAAAGAAAAGUUUAAGUGGCUUCAGUUAACUAACCAACAACAACAUUAAUUAUGAACAUACAAUAUUUUCUUUUUACGUCAAACGUAUUCGGUUUAUGUUUUUAGAUGGAAAGCUUACAAUGUUUGA